UAAACUUAUUGAUCAAUUGUCUUGAAUACAUGCUACAAAUUUGCGAAAAAUGUCGAAAUUUGAUUAAAACCAUCCCUAUACCCUUAUCGCGAAAUUCAAAUUAUUUGUCAAAUACAUCAUUACCCGAAGCCUUUGAGAUAUUCUAUGCACAUAAUUUAUCCCUGAGAGAAUCGUUAUCACCACUUCAUAUAAAAGAACAUACCAAUAAAUCACCUAUCCUAACUGAUAAUAAUAACAAUAAUUUUAACCAUGAUGAUUCUAUGAAUAAAAAUGUCAUUAAUGCUAAUGCCAAGUCUAGGUUGUCGACCAAUCUCCAAUACAAUUCGUUCACAUUGCUGAAUAUAUUGAAAGAAGAUACUCAACAUAUUCGGGAGUUAUUAGAUGAUUUGAUCAACCAAGUAUCGAUUCCUGAGAAUCUAAAUAAAACUGAAAAACUCAGAAAAGAUUUUUUAUUCUACCAUUCAAUUCACCGUCAAUCUCAAAUUUACAAAUUAUGCAUGUAUUGUUGCAAAUGUGAAGACAUCGAUUGAAUUGCCGCCUGGACAAGAUAACAAAAAAAAAUAUUAUAUUUUAAUAAUGUGUGUUUUG